GGAGAUGGUGCUGCCUGUGUUUAUAUUAAGCUCUCUUCUUCUUCCUCCUCUCCCUUCUUCUCUGGACCACCGGCUUAAUAGUAGCCCCAUCCUUCUUGGUUUUCUGCAAACACGCAAACUCUAAUAAGCCUAUAUGUUUCUCUCUCUCUCCAUAGCACUAACUCUUGGUGUGAGUGUGUGAAGGGAGAGAUAUUAUAUUGGAGGCCAUUAACUUAUCUUCAGAAAGAAGGCAUUUUUCUUAUCUGUGAGGAGGCCUCCUCUUGUGCUUGUGUUGGUGGGGGGCGCCGCACUUGAGGUGGUCAGGGAUGAGUAAGGAGGAAGUCCUCAAGAUUCAGACUUGUGUGCUGAAAGUGAACAUCCACUGUGAUGGGUGCCAGAAGAAGGUCAAGAAGAUCCUCCACAAGAUCGAAGGUGUGUACCAGACUAGCAUUGACGCUGAGCAGGGGAAGGUGACGGUGUCUGGCCUGGUGGAUCCGGCCACCAUUAUCAAGAAGCUCAACAAGGCCGGCAAGCCGGCGGAGCUAUGGGGUUCCAAGGUCGGGGUGGCGGCGGUGAACAACCAGUUUCAGAAGCUCCACCUUGACGGCGGCGGCGGCGGCAAGGGCCAGCCCAAGGAUGGCGGCGGCAAGGGGCAUCCCAAGGACGCCGGCGGCAAGGGCCAGAAGGGCGGCGGCGGUGGCGGCGGCAACGGUGGAGGCGGCAGCAAAGACGUGAAGAUGAUGAUGCCGCCGCAGAUGCCGCAGCCGACGCCGCAGCAGCUUCAGCAGCUGCAGCAGCAGCUGCAGAUGAAGGGGCUGAAGCUGCCGCAGUUCAUGGACGCCGCCAAGAUGGCGCCGUUCGCGGCGGCCGCGCCGAUCAAGGACCCCAAGUCCGUCAAGUUCAACCUUCCCCCCGAGGAUGACUUCGGCGACGAUGGCAGCGAGUUUGAUGACGAGUUCGAUGAGUUUGACGAUGAGGACGAUUUCGACGACGACGGCCUCGACGAGGACUACUUCGACGAUCCCAAGAUGAUGAAGCAGAUGGCCAUGCCGCCACCAAACGCCGGCGGCGGCGGCGACAAGAAGGGUGGCGGCAAGAAGGGCGGCGGUGGCAACGAGAUCCCCGUGCAGAUCAAGGGGAACGCUAACAACGCCGCCGGCGGCGGCGGCAAGAAAGACGCCGGUGGCAAGCAGAACCAAGGUGGCGGAGGCGGUAACGGCAAGAACGGCGGCGGCGGUGGGCAGCCGAACAACGCCAAGGGUGGCGGCGCCCCGAACGGCGGCGGCAACCAUCCUGCUCAGGGGAAGAAGGGCGGCGGCGGCGGCGGUGGCGGCCAGGGCGGCGGUGUCGGUGGGCCGAUGGGCGGCAUGCCGGCGCAGCAGCAGGCCAUGAUGAUGAGGCCGAACAUGAUGGGGGGCGGUGCCGGUUUCCCCGGAAUGGGCCAGAUGGGCGGCGGGCCCAUGACCAUGCCGAUGGCCCACCACCCCCACAUGGGGAGCGCCCAGGGCGGCGGCGCCGGCGCCGUGCAGGGCAUGCCAACGGCGGCGUUCUACCAGGGCGGCGGCGGCGGCGGUGGCGGCGGCAUGCCGUCCGGCCCAGAGAUGCUGCAGGCCGCGGCGGCGGCCGGCAACCCCAUGGCCCAGCAGCAGUACAUGGCCAUGAUGCAGCAGCAGCAGCAGCAGAUGAUGAUGAACGGCCACGGCCACCACGGCCAUGGCCACCACCACGGUCACCAUGGCCACGGCGGCGGCGCUGCUCCGGCGGGGUACCCGGCGAUGGGGUACGGGUACGGCCGGCCGCCGAUGCCGUACCCGAUGCACUACCCGAUGCAGCCCCACCCGCAUGCCGAUCCCUACAACUACUUCAGCGACGAGAACCCAAACAGCUGCUCGGUGAUGUGAGGUCUCCAGUGUCCGGUUUGCUUUCUUCCUCCUCCUGCUGCUGCUUCUGGUCAUUCUGUUGUUCAACAAAGUGAACCAACCAGGAGUCAAGGAGGAAGAAGCUCAUCAGGUCACAGGUGAUCGUCAUCAUCAUGGUUGAGAUGAGAGAUGCUCAGGAUCAGUCAACCAGUAUACACCAUGGGAAAUGAGUCCCAUCUAGAUCGCUCUUCUUUUUUUCUUUUUCUUUUUUUCUUUUUACUUAGCUCGUUUUCACCUUUCUUUUAAAGGAGAACUCAACUUCCUUGAAGGCGAAGGUAGGUAUAGUAAUUAUCUAUAGUUUUUCAUAAGAGAUGAUGGUGGUGCUUUAUAAUUCGAGAAGGAAGGUGGUGGUGGUGGUUUCCUUCUUGCUCCAUAUAAGGUUGUGGCGAUGCAUGGUAGACGAACAAUGUGCAAAGCAAAAUGUGUUGCCAAAUGGUUUGUUUGUGCCUCUGUGACUGUGACAGUGGAUGUGUGCCCUAGCUAUAGUGCUCUUUUUACAUGCCA